CCCAGGAUAUGAGUGUGUUGACAAAAAUGUUACAUGCUCGGCCUUCGUGUCCAUCUCGUCAUCCAUCGCUCCAUCCCAUUUAAAUAGCCAGUCUUUCUAUUUUUGGUUUCCUGAACCUCCUGCGGCUGAUGGAUCCGUCUCACCAGGUUUACAGCACAUCAGGAUAUUUCUGUCAUGGCUAAGAGUCCUGGUUCCCCGAGUCGUGGCAACCUGAGCCCUGAGGGGAUUGUGAGGGAGAUCCAGAUCAACUUGCUGGAGUGUAAAGUCUGCUUCGAGAAGUUCAGCACUCAGCAGAAGGAGCGCAAACCACAGAACCUUUCCUGUGGCCAUGUACUCUGUCUGGAAUGCAUCAGGGCUCUGUCCCACCCUCUCCUGAGGAAGCUGGAGUGCCCCUUUUGUCGACAGUUGUGCAGCGUUGACAGCACUUCCCACUGCCAGGCUCUUAGUGACCUGCAGGAGCUGCUGUUGUCCCAAACUCCCCCAUCUUCUACUCACAGGGCAAGCGCAGGUCUUGGCUUGGCCACAAGUCUGACAUCCACAGCUCUGCACCUCUGCACAGCCUUUGGAGGGUGGGGCAGUCUUAUCAAUCCCACUGGCAUUGCCGUUUCGGGAUUGUCAGGGACGAUAGUGGUGGUGCAUGAUGGAGAGGAGAGGUUGGCGGUGUUCAGUCCACAGGGCACGAAGCUGCACAGUUUUGGGAGAAGAGGACAAGGCAGUGGGGAGAUCUGCUUCCCAGUGGACGUGGCGGUGACUCCCUGUGGUCACGUGGUGGUUACUGAUGCAGGGGAUAAAGCUGUGAAGGUGUUCUCCUCCAUGGGUAACCAUGUUUUGACUGUCAAAGAUUCCCUCCAGAUGCCCUGGGGUGUGGACACAAACAGCUUGGGGCACAUCCUGGUCUCAGACAUCCAGGUCGGCACGCUGUCCCAGGUAAAAGUGGACUAUUCUCACGGUCUCGCUCUAGAGAAUCAAACAGUCAUUGCAGACCUGCAGCAUCCAAAAGCGGUGGCCUGCUGCCGGGUGACUGGGAACACUGCAGUGAUGGAGCAUUUACCUGAUGACACGCCUUCACCAGGGAGGAACCAACACACAAGGCUGAGAGUGUUUACAGAAGACUUCCACCUCCUCUAUCAGACUGACAGUUUCAGCCUGACCCUGCAGUUCACAGUGAGGCUCAACAUGUCGGGCGUGGCCUUUGACAGAGAUGGAGAUGUGAUUGUGAUUGACUCCAUUCAGGGGAUGAUUUGGAGUUUGGGGAAGCUCCUGAAAGGCCCAGCCCCGACCCCACUUGUGGGAGACCACCUCAUCAACCCAGUUGGACUUGUGUCGCUGAACGACACCCUCGUCAUUCUGGACAGUGGAGACCAUGCAGUGAAGAUUUACUCUGCUAAAUCUGAUGCUGGGCCCAUGAUAUAGCUCAAAUAUGAUGAACAGGCCGUAUCCUAUGUGAAAUGUAGCUUUCAUAUUAGGAAAUAGUGAGGUGGCCUGGCGAUGCUAUUUCAGUAAAUAUUAAGUCAAGUAUUACAUUGAAAAUGUUAAAUGUGAAUAUAAUCAAAAGCUACUGUAUGCUUUGUUUUGCAUAUAAAAAUACUGUAUAGGUCAUGUUUUUGACAAUUACGCAAUGAUUAAAAAAUCGAAAACA